AUGCUGCGUAUCAUACUGUGCAUAGCUCUGUGCAUGACUCUGGCGAUUGCCUACAACAAGUCGUAUGUGAUAAUCUUUCCGAAUGCUAUUCGCCCGGGACUUCCAUUAAAACUGGGUGUGAACAUCCUCAGGGCCAGUGCACCUGUAAAUGUCACGUGCACUAUGGCCAAAAACAACGUAUUUCUCACGUCACAGAGUGGAAAUUUUGAAGCAGGAGAGCCAGGGACUUUAUUGCUUCAGGUUCCAACCAAUGCAACUCCUGGGACAUAUAAAAUUCGCGUCAAUGGGACAGGAGGGUUGACUUUCAAUAAUGAAUCCCAAGUAACUUUCAAGACCAAAACAAUGUCCAUCUUGAUUCAGACUGACAAGCCCAUCUACAAACAAGGACAGACCGUUGAACCAAAGUUUGAUGUUGCUAUGAACAUUCCAUCCUACGUAUCAUCCACAGACACUAUUAUCAGUGGAAGCGUGGUAGCUAAGUACAGCGAUGGAAAAGGGGUGGACUGUUUUGGCAAUGCAGAACUGCCUUUAACGGACAACUCCCAAAUAAAACGAUUGGAUUUUAAUGUGUCCUACGAAGGUGAGCUUUCUCUCUGUGAGGAAGUCAAGCAGUCCUUUUUCAUAUCCGAAUCGUCUCAGCACUUCAUCAUUCGUAGUCCUUGUAACCCAACUAAUUCUAAGAACACGCCGGUUGACGGAAAAGGAGACUUUGAGUUUUUCGUGGGUUCCAUGGGUCAAUUUGGUGAAGUUGAAAAGAAGUAUCAAACAGUGCAAGUAAAAGCAUCUGUCAAAGAAACCCUCACAGAUCUUUCACAGGUUGUGUGGUCGGAAUUUACGUUCUAUUCUUCGCCAUACAAGAUAGAGAUCCUGGGGUCCACCCCAAAGGUUUUCAAACCGGGACUUACGUACACCGGCUUUGUAAAACUGAGCCUUGUAGAUGGGACACCAAUUGAGGGGGAGGACCAGAAACUUCAGAUUGAGGCUCGGGUUACAUAUGCAUUAGAGAUACCCGAAGCUUUAAAAAAACUUCCGCCUUCCUACUGGGAACCUCUUAUCGAGUAUAAGACAGUUGAAGAACCCGUUCAGGAACUGAGCGUACCGAAUGACGGUAUUGUUCGAUUUGACUUGGAAGUUAGCCAAGACCUAGCGACCGAAAUCGCAUUCACGGUCAUCGCCGGUGGAAAUGUUGUGUCAACGAAUAAAGUGUCCCUGAACUCCAACAUGACUUUUAAAGUUGCCAUCACCCCAGAUAUGGCACCCAAAUCUAAGAUGGCCGCCUACUAUGUACGCAGUGACGGCGAAGUCGUCGCAGACGUUCUCAAUUUCAAUGUAAAGGGAGCAUUUAAAAACCAGGUGUCCAUAAAAUUUGACGAUACCAGGGCAGAAGUUGGGCAAAAAGUAAGCAUGUCAUUGAGUGCCGAUCCUGGAUCGUUUGUGGGGAUCUUGGCCAUAGACCAAAGUUUGCUCCCCUUUAAAUACCUGCAUGACGACUUCACGGAAGAGAAGGUUUUGAGAGAGCUUGAUAGUUAUGACACUAAGAGAGAGACAAACAUUGCCAGGAAGAAGCGCUCCAUACUGCAGAACAUCAUUCCGUUAGGUGGCAUUGACGUCUAUGACAUGUUCCAAAACUUUGGUGUUAUUGCAUUUACCGAUACUAUGAUCUACAGUCACAAAAACACAGCGGCAUGGGAGGCAGAAAGUAAUAAUGACGUUGGCAGUUUGGCGGAUAUAGAGCCAAUGCAGUCAUAUUUUAAAGAAACUUGGCUUUGGACCAGUGUCACAUUAGGUGCAACAGGCACGACUUCACUUAAUGUCAUACUGCCAGGUGGUACCUCGUCAUGGGCAGUCAAUGCGAUUGCAGUUCAUCCAGAAACCGGUCUGGGAGUGGCAAAGACAGAGCUGGGGGCAUUCCGUAGGUUCCUGGUAGCAGUGUACAUGCCAGAUUCGGUCGUGCUUGGAGAGAAGUUGAUCCUUCGAGUGGCAAUUUGGAACGUUAUGGGCAUUGACUUGGACGUUGACGUUAUAUUGGAAAAGUCAGACGGGUUCAAGAGCAUAGUAUUAGGCACGGAUGGAAAGCCAACAACUGUAUCUGAAGCACAAACGCAGAAAGACAGUGUACGUGAAGCUGUACCGUAUAUAUCGUCGUAG